AUGUUAGCUGAAUUUGGCACAAUUAUCCAAGAACAUGUUAGACGUGUUACAACUCAAAAAGUUCACACUCAUUAUCUUGGACAUAACAUACAAAAUGAGUUGAUUUUAUUGCUUGGUUAUGCAAUCAAAAUUGAAAUCAUUAGAAAAAUCAGACAAGCUAAGUAUUUCUUAGUAAUACUUGACUGUACUCCGGACGUUAGUCACCAAGAGCAAAUGUCUUUGAUAAUUAUAUAUGUGGAUGUUUCUUCAACUUCCAUUAGAAUUGAGGAACCAUUUUUAGGAUUUUUGAAUGUGAAUGAUACAACUGGCCAAGGACUUUUUGAUGUUUUACAAAAUGAAUUGAAAGAACUUGGUCUCGACCUAUUUGAUGUGAGAGGACAAGGUUAUGAUAAUGGGUCAAAUAUGAAAGGAAAGCAUCAAGAAGCUUUACUUGAAGUGUCAGAAAAUGAUCUCGAUCCUAAAAUACAAAAUGUAGCUAAAUCCUUAGCAACAAACGAGCUUGGAUAUAGAGAAUCAGGUUUUAAUAAAGUACUGGUUAAUGCUAAGGAAAUUGCGGUUGAAUUGAAUAUCACUCCAAUAUUUCCUCAAAGGCGUAUAAUUAAAAGAAAAAGACAGUUUGAUGAGAAUUUGAAUACUCCAGCAGUCGAGUUAUCUGAAGAGGAAUCUUUCAAGGUUAAUUAUUUUCUUUACCUUGUUGAUCAAGUUGUUGUUUCUCUUAAUAAGAGAUUUGAGCAAUACCAAGAGUAUGAAAGUAUUUUUGGUUUCUUGUUUACCUCUCACAAGUUUCAAUCAUUGGAUGAUGCAACUUUGAAGUCUUGUUGUAGUAACUUUUUGAACGAGUAUUGA